GCUUGUUCACGUUACAGUACAGCGGUGCCAAGUGAGAGAGGAUCUUGAAAGUUUGUAGCUAGUAGUUAUUCAUCAAAGGCUAGCGUUAGCUUUAGCGUUAGCUAGCCAGGUAGAAAAAGGAAGAAAAAUCGAUUUUUUGCUCAUCAAAUACUCACAACAACACACGUUUUGUUUUUUGCAGUGUGCAUCGUUUCCCAAGUUUCUUUAUAACAAAGUUUGCAACAAUGAGCUUCCUCUUUGGCAGCCGCUCGUCGAAGACGUUCAAGCCGAAGAAGAACAUUCCGGAAGGCUCUCACCAGUACGAGCUGCUGAAGCACGCGGAGGCCACGCUGGGCAGCGGGAACCUGCGGCAGGCGGUCAUGCUGCCCGAGGGGGAGGACCUCAACGAGUGGAUCGCCGUUAACACUGUGGACUUUUUCAACCAGAUCAACAUGCUGUACGGCACCAUCACCGAGUUCUGCACCGAGACCAGCUGUGCUGUGAUGUCCGCCGGUCCCAGGUAUGAGUACCACUGGGCGGACGGCACUAACAUUAAGAAGCCCAUUAAGUGCUCCGCCCCCAAGUACAUCGACUAUCUGAUGACCUGGGUCCAGGACCAGCUGGACGACGAGACUCUCUUCCCCUCCAAAAUCGGAGUGCCCUUCCCCAAGAACUUCAUGUCUGUGGCGAAGACCAUCCUGAAGCGUCUGUUCCGCGUGUACGCACACAUCUACCACCAGCACUUCGACUCAGUCAUGCAGCUGCAGGAGGAGGCCCACCUCAACACCUCCUUCAAGCACUUCAUCUUCUUUGUGCAGGAGUUUAAUCUGAUUGACAGGCGGGAGCUGGCUCCCCUGCAGGACCUGAUUGAGAAGCUGGGCUCCAAGGACCGAUAGAGUCGUCCUAGCUCCAUCCUAGCGCCUCUCUCUCUCUCCCCCCCCCCUCCCCCCCGCUCCCUCUCCCUCUUCCCCCCCUCUCUCUUUCUCCCCUCUCCUCCCCCUCCCCCCUCCCCUGUGCCUUGCUGUCUCCUGCCUUCUGUGGUGCAUCUGCACUGUGGAACAGACCCUUGCAGACCCUGGUAGAGCACCUCUCACCUCUUCUGUUUCCUCUGUUUCUCAACAGUGCUUGGAGAGCGAAACGCUUUUAAAAAAAAAAAUAGGCUGUAAUGCUGAGGUUUAAAAGCAUAUUACUGCCUCAGGAUUUAGUAUUUGUUAAGAAGUAAAUGAUAAUCUUAAGAGCUGUAAGUAAAAGAUAUUUUAACGCGUCGUGGACCAAUACGGUUUGAGGACUUGCGGCUGAAACCGCCAUCUUUGAGAGGAUUGCUUUCUUAAUCACAGUUGAAUAGAAAUAAGUUUUGUAGGAAUUUUUACUCUUGUAUUUCAGAUUAGAUUUUAAUUCUACUAUUUUUAUUUUACUAUUUUUUUUUAUUUUUAAAGAUUUAACAUGCCGAAGCUGCAUGUUUAAAAACCUUAGGGAAGUUGUGGGUAUUCAUAAAGGGAGAAACGGUGAAUAUUAACAUAAACAGGGUGAGUUCUAAUCUAAGGGAAAAGUACUAAUUGGCUCAGUGGCUGUCUUCCACAUGAUCUUCUUAGAUUGAGUUUAAAUGUUUUUACAUUUUACAAAGAUCUAUUUUAAAUUAAAACUAGGUUAUUUAAAUUGAACCAAGUGUCAGAUAUAGUGAUCUGGGGAAAAAUAUAUAUAGUCUAUUGAGAAUUUAUGAGACGUGAAGAUGUUUAAUUUCAAUCAUGUGUAGCACAAACAUGCUGUGGAAGGACGAAGGAGUUUGAAUGUCAGUGUUGUCUGUAUACAUUGUGUUUCAACAUAAACGUCAGUAUCCAAUCAAAUCCUUUUUUACAUGCAAGACAUUUUUCCUUUUUUUUUUUUACAUUUUUACUUUUACAUUUAUGCGAAAGUGCACAUAGUCUCCGCAGUAAGCAGGCUGGCCUCUCAUCUUGAGUCAAGGAAAUAAUUCCUGAAAUGUUUUACUUACUUGAAGAAAAAGACUUCAGUCAGAAUUUUUCCAAAUUAUUUUUCCAUACUAUGUACUUGUUUCAGUUACUCUGCAGGGUAGUUCAACAGGUGUUCAUACCUUUUCAGUUAAAAUCAAAAACCUCAGUAAUUAGCCACUUGAGUGGAGUGUUUAUCCCAGUUAGCCAUUUUUCCUGUUUUUGCCACUUGAAUCUUUCCCUGUGUAGUUAUCACCAUGAAGAAAGAACAGUUGAGUUAAAUAAUCCAGAUUUACAUGUGGUGUGCGUCAGUUCAGGCUCAGCACAUAAAUGCCUGUGCCUGCUCAAUUGGGGAAAAAUAUUUUGUGUGAACUUUAAAAGAGAACGUCCAAUAGAAAUAUUUGAAUAAUAUGUACAUCGGAAGCAAUAUUACCUUGAGUUAAAAUUGUGAUUGUGUUUAUUUCUGUUUUUGCAUAUUGAUACUCUGAUACUUGAUUUUUCAGGACAUACUGUUGCAAAUAUUGUAUGUUAAAAAAAACUUUUUUUUGAAAAACUUUUUAAGGGAUAUUCACUCCGAGAUGUUUUUUUCCUCCAUCUGUUUUCUGGGUAUGUGUGUUAGGGUUGAGGUUGGGGUUAAUUUAGGGCCCGUCUCUUUGUUGGGUAUGUGUGUUAGGGUUGGGGUUGGGGAUAAUUCAGGGCCUGUCUCUUUGCUGGGUAUGUGUGUUAGGGUUGGGGUUGGGGAUAAUUCAGGGCCUGUUGCUUGCUGUGUCCUGCAGUACAGACAGAAGGCUGUGGAGUUGCUCUGUACUUCAGACAAUGACUGAAAUGCACCUGUGGCUAUUCUGGAGACCUGAGCUGAGUUUGGACUGUGGCCAUUUUUCUGACCGUGUUCCAGAGGCAUUUCCUGUGUAAACUUGGGGUUGCACAGUGAACAUCCGAGACUGAAUCAUGUCUGCUCGCUUGUUCCAGCUGCGUGAGGAGGCCUGUUAGAUCAGUGUUUCUCCACCAUGGUCCUGGGGACACGCGUCAUUCAGCUGGUCUCAUUAGACCCAGCUGGUGAUUACUGCGAACGUUAAUCACAAAAACUCCAUUACUGACCUGGGCUCAACAUCACUGCUGAGGUCUGUUGUGAACGGAACGAUGUAGCCGGAAGGGUCUUUGUAAGGUGCAGGGAACAGGAAAUUGUAAUGUUUGCGUUUCUUGAUCUUUAGGUGGGCAAAAGCACUCCUCCCGACCGUGCUUUACUUUCACACACGACUGUCGUACAGCCUGUUUGCUGUCGAGAUGCUGAGUACAGGUUGAUAAUAAAGCAAGAGUGAAAGUUGGUUAAAAGCAGUGUGAACACAUUGCAGUAUGGAGUCAGGACCAGGGUGAGAAACGCUGUAUAUGACCUGGACCGUUUGAGCGGAUUGGGUAAAAAAAAAGAAAAGAAACGGUAAACCACUAUUGGGCAUGGUCUGUGCUGUGCUGCGCAAUGUCUGUUCAUGUGCUAAUGUGGCUAGUCUUCAUUUUAAAAAUCCACCACUCCAUUUCUUUCCUUUAAUUUACAUGUUUCUUUUAUAAUCUGUCUGUGUAUAUAGUCUAGUUUUAUCUGUUUUAACUCUUGUGUCCAUUCAAGAACUUGUUUUGCUUCUAGGUCAUUUCUCCACAUCAAAGAUUUGGAAUUUUACAUUAUUAUAUGGCAGAAUAGUUUAGACAAAUCUUUUUUCUUUUUUUAAAAGUGAGAUCUUUGUAUAUUUUAUGUUUUUUUAAAUGUGUGCAUCUUUUGGAGGUAUAGCAUUUUAUGGAAUAAGUGCAUAACUACCAUUCUUGUCAGUUUCAUUGUUUUAAGGAAAUUAUUUUUCCGAGAAUCUUGGGCAGAAUUGUGCCUUAGGGGGACGCCGUCCGUGCAGGCUGAAAUGUCCGUAUCCACCACAGUAGCUUGCUGUAAAAUUAAAUAAAGAGAGAAUAUGUUACAUA